AUGGCGUCGCAUGGCCCAGUGAAGGACAUCGAGAGGGUGGAUUACAGUACGAAGUGCUGCUGCCGAACCACCGACGAGGCGUAUUACCAGGCGCCGAAGCAGUACUUCGUCCGUCAUCCAACCCUCUCGCGGAGAAAACUCACCUUGACAGAACCGUUUAACGUUCCCUUUGACGCAUCCACUUUUGAAAAGGUGCUGAUAGAGCUGGAGAAGGCUUCUAUUCUCUCAGCCGCGGCUGCCGUUACGGUGGACACGGAACAGUCGGGGGGAGAUAAUACUCAGAAACCGCAAUGGAUGAAAGAUCUUGACAAGCGGCAGCAGAGGUUUUUGGCCGCUUGUCUUGGAGUAACGACCUGGGACGGGCGGGACGUGUGUUUCUACGAGGAAAAGCUGCCAAAGGAAAAUGAUGUGGUGUGGGUCAAAGUGAUUCAGGUCAAUGAUACUUCCGCUGUGGUUCAACUCCUGGAGUAUGGCAAUCAUGAGGGUAUUAUUCCGUACACGGAAAUUACGAGGAUCCGCAUUCGGGCCAUUGGAAAAGUUAUAAAGGUAGGUAGGAAUGAGGCUGCUCAAGUAAUUCGAAUUGAUAAGGAGAAAGGGAUAC